AGCGCGCGCUCCCGCCCCGUCAGUGAGGAGGGCGCGGGUGGAGACCGGCCUGCGCGAGAGAGCGCGACUGUGCGUGUGUCACGGCGGGUGUGGGUGUGUUUGUUUCCUGUUGAGCUCGGAGAACUGAGGAGAAAAAGCGCAGUGAAAGCAGAAAAGAGUGUGUGUGUGUGUGUGUGUGUGUGUGUGUGAGAGAGAGAGAGAGAGAGAGAGAGAGAGAGAGAGAGAGUGUGUUAGUUUCCUGGCGCCAGAAGAAGAGGGAGCCUGGCUUUGGGGGGCGCCUUCUCCGCCAUGGGCCACCACUGCCUCCGAGCCUCUUCGCGGCCCCUGCUCCUGCUCUGCGUCCCGCUGCUCUUCGCUGUCGCCCGCGGAGCCCCCACGCCCGGGCCCGGGGAGCAAGCAGGUGAGAGACCUCGGCCGUGGCGCCCCUCGGGGUCAGAGAGUUGUGGGCGGCCGAGGCAGCCGCGGUAGUUUCCCUCGGCAGCCCCGGGCCCGCUCCUUUCCGCGCCCCUCGCCGCUUUUAAACGCCGAUUGCGCGGCUCUCCGGUGUGGACGUGCCCUUCGUGGCCCCCGGAGGGCCCGUGCGUCCUUUCUCCUCUCCCCUUUCCACAACGGCGCCUCGUUUCCGACGAGGAGCGGCGCCGCCGGGGCUUGCUGUGAUUUGUUUUAUUUUGUUAGCUUUAUUGCCCUCUGUGACGCGUUGCCGGGGAUCCGAAGUGUUUUCCUGAAAGUUUGUUUUUAUGGGCGCGUACGCACGAUACCUGGAAAGCCCGUUCGAAAAGCAGCGAUGGGAAUGCGCGGGGGCAAACCCUAUAAACUAUGGGCGUAGCCAAGGGGGGGGCACCUGCCUCCCCAGUCAAGUACUGUAAAGGAUUGAAAAUACUUAACUGAGGUUAUGACCCCCCCAACAUGAAUCCUGCCCCCCAUGUUAAAAUACUUAACUGACCAGAUACCUAGGUCCCGUUCCUCCCCCCCCCCAAAGUCAUGGUUAUGCCUAUGCCCUAUAACCUAAGGGCUGCAAUGUGAAAGGGUGCCUCAGCAAUAUUGCAGAUUGGCUGCCCACCUCACCCCAAAAUGUAUCUUGAAUCCAAGCAUCAUCAUUAUUAUUUAAAAAAAAUAGAGAUGGAAAACUUAUCUUAAAAAGGGGCUUCUUUUUUCUCACAUGAAAGGGGAUUCCUCCUACCACAUAUUCCUGCUUCAGAACUACAGUGGUACCUCAGGUUACAUACGCUUCAGGUUACAUACACUUCAGGUUACAGACUCUGCUAACCCAGAAAUAGUACCUCAGGUUAAGAACUUUGCUUCAGGAUGAGAACAGAAAUCGUGCUCCAGUGGCGGGAGGCCCCAUUAGCUAAAGUGGUGCUUCAGGUUAAGAACAGUUUCAGGUUAAGAACGGACCACCAGAACGAAUUAAGUACUUAACCCGAGGUACCACUGUAAUUUUUUACACACAUGCAAGUUUGAUUGCCUAAGAUUUAUGAAAACUGGUGACAGCUCUAAAAAACUGUACUGGAUUUAGCGGCUUGAGAAAGCACUGGUGUAAUCAGUGUCUGGUCUCUGUUCUUGUUCGUUUGCAUUCCUUAAGUUGGAACUGAAGCAUUAGAUUUACCGUAAGUGAGUAAGGUUGGUUUCUUUAGUCUCUGAAUUUGAGGCCGAGUUCAUUUGUUCACUGAGCUAAUGUUAUGUGUUUGCCAGGCAAUAAAUAGUUGCAGCAAAACUCCUGAUAUCCAGCCAUGUGAUACAGAUUAGUUCCUCCUUAGCACACUUUGAUCACUUGAUUGUAUAAAGAGUGCUAUUGGUUAAUGUGGGAACUUCAGAUCUCUGGAGAAACUGCAAGUCCAAAGUUGGCUGUUGUAGUUCAUUCUGGGCUAUUCCUUGUGUGGUCUUAGGACAACAGGGAUGCCAUUUCUGAAUUUCAUGAUGUGGCAAAUUGCUGUAUGCAAAAAAGUUUGUAUAGGGUUGAAAACAGUAGGGUUUACCCUUAUAAGCAUAAAUGGCAUUGUUAUGGUGCUUGUAAGAAGCACCAUGCCAUAUGCUUUGCAUACAGAAGGUUCAGUCCCCUGUCAUCCCAAGUUAGAAAGCUCAUAUGGUUAAUGUCUAACUUAGUACAGUGGUACCUUGGGUUAAGUACUUAAUUCAUUCCGGAGGUCCAUACUUAACCUGAAACUGUUCUUAACCUGAAGCACCACGUUAGCUAAUGGGGCCUCCUGCUGCUGCCGCUCCGCCGGAGCACGAUUUCUGUUCUCAACCUGAAACAAAGUUCUUAACCUGAAGCACUAUUUCUGGGUUAGCGGAGUAUGUAACAUGAAGCGUAUGUAAACUGAAGCGUAUGUAACCUGAGGUACCACUGUAUAAGUUAUCCUAUAUUUCUGGUGUCAGUUUUCACUUGAGUAAUAUACAUGAUAGGAUAUGGCUAUAGCAUUGCUUUCAUAGUUUACCUCAGUCACCUUCAUUGACUAGUUCAUUUGAACUGUGUGUGGGCAUAGGGGCAUUUCACUUCCUUUAACCCAGAUGUUUCCUUGGCCAGCAUUUGCAAACUGAGUUGACAACAUUGUACAGAUGCUAGAAACCAAGAUGAGUGCUCUGUUGCUAAACCACUUCCUUGUAAUUGAGCUAAACCAGGCUGUGUCAUGUGCUCAGGGUUGUUCUAGAAGACACUUGCUUAGAACUUUAUUCUGUAAAGUUGAUUGCUAAACAUGACCUCAUUAAUCAACUGCACAAUUGUACUGACACUAAUGUCGAAUCUUAAUUGCAUCAUAUUACACCUACUUUGUGUACCUAACUGAGAGCAGUUCAGCACAGCAUAUAUAUACAAGUAAAUAAUAGCCAUACAGUAGUUUAGAAGUUUCCUCUUUGCCUGAAUUUUAAUGUCUAAGAAAUGAUUGUUGCAAAUUAUGGGAAUGAAUUUGGACUGUUUUAAUUUUCUGUCCUAAAAUAGGAAGUAAAUGUUUACAACCAUAAGCAACUUGGCUUAGAUUCCUGGCAUCAGGGAAUCCCGCAAACUUCUACAAGUAGAGUUCAGCCUUAUUUUUUAAAAUAGCAAAAUAUAUUAUGGGAGAAAACUGCAAUAGUGAGUGACUAACUUAAUGCAGGGGUUGGGUGGCGCUGUGGUGUAAACCAAUGAGCCUUGGGCUUGCCGAUUGAAAGGUCGGCGAUUCAAAUCCCCGCAACUGGGUGAGCUCCCGUUGUUCGGUCCCAGCUCCUGCCAACCUAGCAGUUCAAAAGCAUGUCAAAGUGCAAGUAGAUAAAUAGGUACUGCUCCGGUGGGAAGGUAAACAGCGUUUCCGUGCACUGCUCUGGUUUUGCCAGAAGCGGCUUAGUCAUGCUGGCUACAUGACCCGGAAAAACUGUCUGCGGACAAACGCUGGCUCCCUCGGCCAGUAAAGUGAGAUGAGCACCGCAACCCCAGAGUUGUUUGUGACUGGACUUAACUGUCAGGGGUCCUUUACCUUUAACAUAAUGCAUUGUCAAUUAUAAACUAACAUAUCAUUCCUCUACUCUCUCACAAUAGGCUGCCAACAGUACACAAACAAAACAUGUGAGGAAUGCCUGAAAAAUGUCACGGUAAGUAGUAUACAAUUGCAGAAUGCAUAUUGUAACUUGAAAUUGUCUAUGAGCCUGCUGUGUGCUGUGAUGUUAAAGGCCAGCCCAACCCAAAACUGUUCAGGCACUCAAGAGUUCAUCCACAGGGCUAUGCCGUCAACCAAAGGUGAACGGUUCCAGAAACCCUGCAAAUGCAAUCUUGGUAGUCAAGAUAACCCCACAGUUAAUUGGUAGUUGUAACCAUGAGCUCAUAUAUGUUCAUAUUCACUUGCUUUGAUAUAGGCCAAUUGGCUUGCUUUGAUUUUAUCCUUAUCUGUGGGCUUGGGGUGCUGGGCUCUGAGCCCAGAAAAGGGGAACUAUCUGUAAGAUUUGGUUAUUUGCCAUCUAUGCCCUCAUCUGGUCAGGUGAAGUGCUGGAAAGUGCUGGCCAAAGUGACGUAUGCUGUUUUGGGUAUAAAGAAUGUAUAAACAUUUGCUUGGGCCAUCUCCUUGCUCCAGUGUCCUUCCGGUAUCUGUAAAGGCUGGGAGACCUGGCAGGCUGACUUGUUGAAAGACUACACCUCUCUUUUAAUAAAGCAUUAGACGUGAUUGCUCUGGUGCUUUUGACAUCCUCCUUAGGUAUCCCUGCACCAAACUACUCCCAAGAGCCCUCCUUUGGGCUGGUGGAUCAGGACUGGGGCUCAGCAAAUACAAUAAAAGGAAUAAUUCUGCAUGUGCAGUAAGAAUGAAUGCAUCAGAUUGUUUCUAUUUUUAAUGGGGAAGCCUCUUCCAGAAUACAAGCUUUGUGUAUGCACAGGGAGCUGUUGGAUUAGCACAGGGGUGAGGAAUCUUAUUACCGUUGCUCACGCUGGCAGGGGCUGAUGGGGUUUGUAGUCCAACAUCUGGAGGGCCAUAAGUUCGCCACCCCUGGCUCAGAUGCUCCUGCACUACACAAUCUACUCUACACACACUCAAUAGGAUGGUCAGUGAUACAGAAUCAAGCUUGUUGUGCAAAAAUUAUCAAAUCUUGCUUUCUCAAGUAAGUUUAUAACAUCCUUUUUCUUUCUAUAGAGACCAGUAUAAUAUUACAUAAAGCCAAAUCAUCCUGGGAUGAAUAGAUAUGAGGCAUAGGCACCACUCUUCAUUAUACAGUAUACUUCAAAUAAAUUAAUUAACUAGUCCCCUUCCUCAACAGAUUUAAGUUGCAAGCCUGUGAUCUCUUACUUGCAAAUUGUAUUGUGAAAUCCCUCUUCCAAUUCUUGAGAAAUGUUUCUCAAUCAGUUGCUAGUUCGUCCAACUAAAAAGAAAUCACUGUUAGUUGACAAUAAGUGCAGAUACAUGUUUAGGCAAGAAAAGAGGGGUCUUUAAGUACAAAAAUUUGAGAGCCAGCAUCUUUGAGUUAUGUAUGAACUGGAGAUACCUGAGAAACAUCCAAUGAGUAUUUUGAUCGAUAAUUUACCAGAUGUUGCUUCUGAGCAACUUCUCUAUGACCUGGACUUGAGCAGGGGUUUUAUACAAGUCUCAUUGUACUGAAGCAUCCAGAUCUUGAUUUUUCUUGCAGUUGUCUGGCUUUUCAUAUUGGGAAAAUGCAGGAAGACUUAUUGCAUUCAAGUCCUAUUGAAAAUUUAGUCAAAAUAGUUUUUAAGGAUAGCAGAAUUUGCUGCCAGUUUUGGACAAAUGCACUAUUAGUUUAUAGAACUUAUUUGUACUCUCCUGCCAUUCCCUAUAGAACUGAUGAGGAACCAUUUUCAGUCAAAAAGCUGCAUUCCCUUCUGGGCAAUUACUAAGGGACUACAUGCCAGUGUGGGCAGGGCUAGAGGCAGAAGUGUGUAUUUUACCUUUGUACAGUAGGUUUGCUUCUACACACAUUCAUGCAUCACUUUCUGUUCUCACUUCAGGCAAGCAGGAAAUAUUAUUGAAGUUCCAAGGACACAUUCCAGCCAGGCAAAAAUAUCCGAGAGCCAGCUAAGAGAACAGUGGAGGGAUGCAUUUGGUGUCCAAGCCUGAGGUUCCCCAUCUGUGCCUUAUAAGCACAAAAGAUUUGUACUAAUCACCCAGCAAACAGAUUAUGCAAAAAAUGGCAUCUAAAUAUGAGCACGAGGGCUUUAUUUGGGAGGGGUGUGUGCUGUUGUUGUGGCUACUUGACUGCACAGUCCUUUAAUAUGCCAGAUGCAUUGUUUAGAAAGCACUGCAACUAUGGAGGCCCUAGAGGUGCACAGUGUAUAAUUCUGAGGCUUGGAAAAACCGCUUCCAAUUUGCUGCCUCUUUCUGUAAGAGUUUGAAUCUAAUGUUAGUCCUUGACCUCUAGGUGCUUUUGACAGGGUACCCUUUGGCUUCACUUGUGCUGAUCACAAGAACAGUCUUCCUUGAUCACUACAACUUCUGUCUGUGGCCACUUUAUACAGUUCAUUUACUGAUCUAUUAUAGUUCCCGGUUUCCACAUAAGAAGAUUUUUAUUUGGUACUAAUCCCAUGCAUAUGUAACAGCCAACUACAUAUUUUAAUGUGGCUGGGAUUGUUUUUGUGUGUGGACAUGUUAAAUGUGAUCAUGUGUUUAACACAAUGAGUAGUUUGUCUCUCUGCUGAAUUAAGGGAAGCUUGCUUCAAGUAAGUACAAAGGAUUGCAGUUCUAGACUAAACAAGUUUUUAUGAUCUUUUAAAAUGACCUACAUUUGAUGCUUUUUCAGAUGGGAUUACUUGGCAAAACGAAACUCAAGAAGACCUAGUGCUUCAGUAGUGCGGUGUUGGGACUAAAGUUGAAGCAGUGCUCUUGAAUUCUUGGCAAUGCCCUCUAGUCAGUAAGAUUACAUAGAAGCAAUAUUGAUAACGUUGGCAUACAGUUGUGUUCCUUUCACUAUCUUUGGGCGAUACCCAGCUCGUUCAUUCUCAGAAUAGACUGGUUGAAAUCAGUGGCUUGAAGUUACUUAAGUAAACAUAUUUCCGUGGGUCUCCUCUAAGUAUGGAUAUUGCCCUUCAACUUUAUCCCACUCAGCUGUUUUGUUUGUUUGUUUAUCGGCUUGUUGUACUUUCCACCUCUUCUUUUUCCAGUGUUUAUGGUGCAGCAGCAGCAAACAAUGCCUGGAAUAUCCUGUUCGAAAUAUCCUCCCUCCCAGUUCACUUUGCCAGUUGAGUAAGGCCCGCUGGGGUGUCUGUUGGGGUGAGUAACUUCCAGGAGUACUACAUGUGUGUCAUUGGCAUUGCAAUUUUCUCUAUAAACAAUUCCUAGAUUGCUUCUUGGAUGCAGUAAAUAUUCCUCUUCUCAAUAACUUUCUUUAAUAUUAUUUAGGGUAUUAUAAGUAAACGUAUCAGAAUUUUGCAGUCUCCUUGCAACAUGGGCAGAUCAAGUUACUACAGCUUACAAGUUGAUAGAAAGCAAUGGAACUCCUUUACUUGCUACCAGCAGCAAAAUGUUCUGUGAGAUUAUUUUACAGAGAUUUUUUUUCUGAGUUAUUUUUCUGGAUUAAACAGCAAAUCAUUACUGCAGCAAGAUCAUGGGGAUUCUUUCUAGUUAUGCUCCUAUAUCACAGCAAAGAUAUUAGCAUUUUUAGUGGUUAGUUAGGUGUUACUAAGGGACAUGGAUGGUGCUGUGGGUUAAACCACAGAGCCUAGGACUUGCCGAUCAGAAGGUCGGCGGUUCGAAUCCCCACGACAGGGUGAGCUCCCAUUGCUUGGUCCCUGCUCCUGCCAACCUAGCAGUUCAAAAGCACGUCAAAGUGCAAGUAGAUAAAUAGGUACUGCUCUGGCGGGAAGGUAAACGGCGUUUCUGUGCGCUGCUCUGGUUUGCCAGAAGCGGCUUAGUCAUGCUGGCUACAUGACCCGGAAGCUGUAUGCCGGCUUCCUCGGCCAAUAAAGCUACAUGAGCUCCACAACCCUAGAGUCGGUCAUGACUGGACCUAAUGGUCAGGGGUCCCUUUACCUUUAGGUGUUACUAGGAUAAGCAGAGUAUGAUGAUGUUUCUCCCAGUGUUUUGGUAAUUACAAGUUAAGCAACUUCUGAACAUGAAGAUUCCAUUAUGCAUUUUGUGAUCAAUAGUUUUGGAUAUAAAAUGAAACUAAACCUUAAAAAAGAAAAUUUAAAGCUAUUGUGGUAGCAGAAGGCUCAGCAUUAUAGAUGUCCUAUAGAGGACAUUGCCCAUCCAAUGGCUCAAUUUGUAUGAAGCUGCUGCACUGAGUUUGUCCUCCAUGCUUUAACUGGGCAUGUUUACAGUGAUUUGUGUAAAAUAACUUUAAUUUUGAAAUAAAUGACUUAGGCCUAUUUUAAAUUCAGAGUUUUUUGGGGGGUUUUUGGCAAAUGGCUCACUCACUACUUUUCUUGUGUUAUAUAUUUCAGUGAAUUUUGAAGCUCUCAUAAUUACAAUGUCCGUGGUGGGAGGAAUAAUCCUUAUUGCUCUUUGUGUUUGUUGCUGUUGUUGCUGCAGGAAAAAAAAGAGCAGAAAGUAAGUAUCUGAACAUGUUCUUAUUUUUUAUACCGUAAAUACCAGUAAUAUACUUACCUUAAUGACACCCCUCAAGUUAUGGCAUACCUAUUCAUAUAUGUCCUAAAUGCUCUUGUUUUGUGCAGACCUGAUAAGGAGGAUGAGAAAGUUGCCAGAGAGAGAGAGCAGAGAAGAGUAAGACAGGAAGAGAGGUAAGUUGCUGUCAACCUACAGAUGUUGUCAGGCCUGCUGCUCCCUUCCCUUUUGAUGUUAAGACCAGAUGUUUGCAGAAAACACCUGGAGUAACAGAGUGUUGCAGGUGCUCUUUAUACAUUAUUCCUCUGCUGUAAUACUUAACGUGUUGGCCUUGGAGGACUUCAGUGUUUAUAAGCAUCUGGAAUUAUAUUGUAACCUGCUUGAAGGUCCUAUUGCUUGAAGGUCCUAAUCUUCAAUUAUAUUGGAAUUAUAUUGGAAAUUAUAUUGUAACCUGGAAUUAUAUUGUAACCUGCUUGAAGGUCCUAAUCUUCAAAAGCACUUUGAAGAUUCUAUUGGUCAAAAGACGGUAUAAAAUUAAUCUUGAAUGUAGGUAGUUGGGAGCUGUCUUCUCACUAACAUAAUUUCCUUCCUACACAGGAGAAAACAAUGUAUAUAAAAUCAUUCUAAAUUGCAAACAUCCUAAGACAUGUUAUAUUUCUUGCAGGAGAGCAGAGAUGAAAUCAAGGCAUGAUGAAAUCCGGAAAAAAUAUGGUAAGUGCCAAUGGCUAGCUGUCAAAUUCAUAAGAUGCUUCAUCUUAGUGUGCUAUAUGUCAACAUGUGAUAGUUACCACUUCAACUCAUUACGCGACGGAAUGGUGUCCCAGUUUUUGACUGGCCUUGGUAACCAGGCUAAAAAACCCCUGAUUGCCAGCAAUCUCUCUCUCUCCCAUCUGUUGCACCUGCACACAAAUGUCAGGAAAUAAACCCUGCUCCCUAACAGUUCAGCUGUUCCAAAAAUACUAAAGGCACUCUGCCCUUAGUAAGGGUACAAAACUGACUGGAGUUUAUACUCUCUAAGUGUAUCAUUUAACUGAUUUUGCUUAAACAGUAAUUUGGGUGUUGGUAAUUCUGAUAAGCUGUUGUCAGCUUUUCCUUAUUAUUAGAUCAGUACCCCUGACACAGACGCGGGUGGCGCUGUGGGUAAAACCUCAGUGCCUAGGACUUGCCGAUCGUAUGGUCGGCGGUUCGAAUCGCCGCGGCAGGGUGAGCUCUCGUCGUUCGGUCCCAGCUCCUGCCCACCUAGCAGUUCGAAAGCACAUCAAAGUGCAAGUAGAUAAAUAGGGACCGCUUUAUAGCGGGAAGGUAAACGGCGUUUCCGUGCGCUGCGCUGGUGCAGGCUCGCCAGAGCAGCUUCGUAAUGCUGGCCACGUGACCCGGAAGUGUCUCCGGACAGUGCUGGCCCCCGGUCUCUUAAGCGAGAUGGGCGUGCAACCCCCGAGUCGGACACGACUGGCCCGUACGGGCAGGGGUACCUUUACCUUUACCUUUACCCCUGACACAAGAACCAAUCAGUUCUGGGUUAAGCCAAAAUGUUAUAAACAUAAUUUAUUGUAUUAUAACUCUUUAAAAUACUUGUCCAAAAACAUGUUGCAAGAAAGGAGUUGUUGGGGUUUUUUUAACCAGAUGCCACAUUGUGUGGAAUAUUUGGAUAGGCAAACCAUUGAGAAAUGCAGUUCACUAGACUUUGAUCCUGCCCCCUACUUUCACGAAUACUGGCAACCACUUUUCAUCACCUCCCUCGGCUACUUCCUUUUCAUAUUUGCCCCUCACCAAUAUCUUUGAUCUCUGUGUUCUAACCAGAUGUUAUUUUUCCCCCAGGUUUGUUUAAAGAAGAGAACCCAUAUGCCAAAUUUGAAAACAACUAAGAUUUCUUUUGAAAAGCCAAAGUAAGCUCUGCCAGUGCUGUCUAUAGAAUGUGUAGUACAGCUGCUAAAAGAUCCAGUAAAUUAGAUGCCUUAAUUGCAAAUGGAAAAUUGGUCUUACUAGAAGACAGCUGUUAAUAAGCAGCAAGAUAAACGAACAAGCCAAACAUACCUCUGAAAACCAGAUGGCCUAGCAGGCUGGAGAUGUUAGAUUUUUCUUCUUUCUGUCCUGCAGGUGUCUGUGCUCUUACAUAGUUUAGCAUAACCUUUGUUUGCUGGUCAAAUGUUGGAACAAAUUUAUUCAUGAAGUGGAGAGGGACAGUGCACAUUUCUUCUUGUCAAUCUUUUCUAUGGUCAACAAAUUAUAGCUAUUUUUAAUUGAAGGCUAGGAGUUGGGUGGUUAUAUCAAAAAACAAGGUGGGUAGGCUAUGUGAAAGGAACAUAAGCUUUAAUUGUGCCAUUAGCAAAAAGUGCCUAAAUUGAUCUUUAAAAACAUUUUGUUUGCAGCACAGAUGUUUUUAUAGUGCGAUUGUGUAGGUUUGCACUUUUAUAUAUGAAUACUACUUUUUCUUCUGGACUACGUAUGCGUGUUCCUUCUGUUCCUUUGCCUCUUUUAAAUCACUUCAACUACAGAAAUAGUUAGACUGAUUUAUGUUAGUAACAGUGUGAUACGAAUGCUUUACUGGUGCUGAUUAAAUGGCUGCUUGUAUUGGAAUUUUAAAGGCUCUUCUUAUAUUUAAGAACUUUGUACUGCUUGUAAUUAUCUGAAGCAAUGUAUAAUCUUGGAAAGAAUGUCCUUAGUAACCAAAUCAGAAGAAUGAAAAGGCUCCUUUUUUGAAGUAAAGAACCAUAAUGAAGCCUUGGGGUUGAUUUCUGCUGCCUAGAGUAAGGCCUGCCAAUACAAUAUUUGGCUUGAUGCAAUAGCCUGUUUUUCUUCAGGCUGUUCUACGUCAAGAGUCCUAUGCACUGGAGUUUCUUUAUAAAGACAGAUUAAUAAGGAAAGUAACUUCUUAUUGUUUACUGUCAAGUGGAAGUGGAUUAAAACAAAACCGUGAAAUAAUGAUUUGGAGGACUGGCUACACUUCGAAUGUAUAAAGUUUGUUUCCAAGGAAACUUUAAACACUACAUUUGCCUGGAGUGAAAUAGCACCUAGGUCAUAAACACAGAACUUGUGAAAAAUGUGGAAUGAUAUUUUCAUUUCCCCCACCCCAAAAUAGAAAGCAUUAGCUAGUAUAGAGAAAUUAAAUGUCUGAUUUUCAUGCCCACACCCUUCUAAAAACACAAAUACAUAUGGAGGUAUAUUAGUUACUGAAGUAGUAAGAUUCCAUUGUAAUCUUAAACUUUUAUAUAUGUUGUCAAAGUCACAAACACAUAUAAUACUUUGUAUUCAUUUAAAUAUCUUUACUCUUCUGUUGACAUCUUAAAAAACAAGUUGAAAUCUGCCGAAAUUUGCCGACAAUGCGUAGUAAAUUCCAGAAAUACAGGAUAUUGUUUUAUAAAAACUUGCAUACAAUUAUUCUGCCAUAUUAACAAGUAAAAUGAAUUAUUUACUGUAGCAAAAUUUGUAAUUAUUUACAUAAUAAAAUAAAUAUUUAAUAUCUUA